GGGGAAGGGGUUCCGGGGGCAGGGGUCCGGCAGCACCUUCGUUGCCUCAAAUUUCGAUGCAAGAGUAUGAUGAAGAACAGACGCAAGCGGCAAUUGAAUUUGGGGAAAAUUUAUGCGAUAAGACGGCUAGUGAUUGGGCAGAUAUUCAGGAGGAAGACGACACGGCGCGAUUAGCAACUACGGCAAUUGAGGGGCACGCUGAUCCAAAGAGAACGAAGGAGGGAGAUAUUCCGGAAGGCUUAGCUGUCGACUUGGAUGAGCUGAAGCGGUUGGUUCUCAGGGUACUUUGUUGGUGUUGCCGAAUUCGAAGCAAUUGUUGGUGAGGAAAGAAUUAAAAGCCCCUGCGGAAAAUCCAAUUUAAAAUCCAGGGCAAUUUAAGAGAUUGGUGGGUAAAGGACCAGUUCGGACGUAUGUGCCUACGAUGUUGAGACCGUGGGUCAUGGAUUGUGCCCACAAGGAAACGGAGCAUUUGGGAGAGAAGGUGACUUUGGGUAUUUUACAGAGGGUUUACUGGUGGAAAGGAAUGGCUGAAAGCGUGCGGUGGUGGAUCCGUAGGUGUUAUUCUUGUCAGUUUCGGAAGGUGCGGCGGCAUACGAAGUGUUGGCCGUUAGUGUCUCUGCCUCUUCCGAGUAGACCGGGGCAGAUGGUGUCGUUUGAUUAUUUGGGGCCGUUACCGAAAACGACGAAAGACAACGAGUACGUGUUUCCGGUGGUAGAUUUAUUCAGCAGGCAUGCCGAGGGCUACCCACUAACGAAGGCGCAAAAAAAUGCGAAGGGUAUUGUGUCUAUCAUGGUGAACGAUUAUAGCGCGAGAUGGGGUUGUCCGCACACCAUGUUGUCAGAUAGGGGAGCAGAGUUUGCGAAUGAGGUAGCGAAAGGGGUGUUUAAGCUGCUGGGAACUGUGAAGAAGUUUACUAGCUCAUAUCAUCCGCAGACGAAUGGGAUGGUGGAACGUUUAAAUCAUACGCUGUGUCAAAUGUUGUCACACUUGAUUGCGGACGAUCAGGCGAAUUGGGAUGAAAUGUUGCCACACGCGGCAGCGGCACACAACAACAACGUGAGCCGACGGACGGGGCUAGCACCCAACGUAGUACACAUCGGAAGGUACCCGAGGUUGCCGAUGACGAUCUUGGAGGGAAGGGGUGUUUCGGGAAAUCAGGGCCUAAAGCAAGACCAAUUGGAUUAUUUGAAUGUGAUGAGGGAUAAGCAAGGGAAGGCGUACGAGUUGGUAAGAGAGCAGGAUAAGAUAACCAAGGCUAAGCAUGAGAAGAGCAAUCAGGUGUUGAACUCGAUAAUAGUCAAGAGGCCGAAGUACAAGGAGGGGGACUGGGUCUUGGUGUAUGAUGAGAAGAGUACAAUUUCUGGUGGGGGGGAACACGUGCUUGAAUCGCGAGUGAAUAGUAGGGGGAAAGAAAAAUCGUUCGCGUUGAUCCCGAAAUUGGCACAUAAUUGGACCGGGCCAAGGUGUUGAUCGUGGGUCCAGGGGAUGGUCUUGACGGAGAAAAGGUGGGUCCGAAUAUUUUAUAUUUGGACGUGAAUAAGGAUGAGCCCGUAAAGAACAUGGUGUCGGUAUAUCGGUGUAAGAAGUGCAAUACUCAGCACGAGAACGAGGAUAGACCUAGGUUCUUGCCGUGGGGCUUUGUGUUGAAUAUGUUUUCAGAAUUGGCGCCUCCGUUCCAUCUUACGGCAGAGGACGCGGAGGAAGAAGUGGAUAGUAAAGAAUAGGUCCCGUGUAAAAUAUCAAUGCACAGGAUUUGUCGAGGUGUAAGUGGGAAGGGGGCGGUUCAGUACUACGCGCAUUGGACGGGGUUGGCUAGGUGUACGUGGGAGCAUGAAGUAGAGCUAGAGCAAUAUGGGGACGUGGUACUUAAAUAUUGGAAUUAGCAGCCGGAACAAUCGGCCGGAGGGAACAUUAGGUAUCGGAGGUACCGUAUUCAGGAUGCGAAAAGGACGAUUGCUAGCAGGAAGGGAGAACGACACGUGCAGAAAGAUACAAACUUUGUUGUGACAUACGGAGUA